CUAGGGCUAGGCUUUGAAUCCAUCUCGACGACGCUCUCUCGAAACUCGACGGCGGGAGCCUCGACCCGGCGGCUGGCAGGAUAACACAAGGUUCAUUUCUGGUUGACCUGAAGAUUCGAUCAGUGACCUUUAACCUGAUCAGUUUUCUGAUUUGAUGAAUGAUCCAGUUUUUGAGAUAUAGGCUGUCUGUGGCGGAAGAGAUGAAGAAAGGGUUGCACCCACAGAUGCAGUGGAUUUCGUAUGUGACUCAGAGUGGGAGAUUGAUGCAUGUUAUGAUGACCAAGAUACAUCAUGUUGGUAAAGUCUAUCAUUUCAGGGCAAGGCGUCAGAUGGCACAGAGUCUAGGUCAGAUUGCAAAGUUCAACCGCCGAUAUGGGCAAAAGAAUGAGGACGAUGGUGAAAUUUUUAACCUACAGAAGUAGAUUUCUAUGUAAUGCCAUCCAAACAUUCUGUUCAGACUUGGUAUUGGCCCCAAGUUUUUGAAGCAUGUGAACUAACAUUCUCCUAAUGAAAUCUUGUUUAGUUGUUGCCAAGAA